UAAAAAAUUGAGGAGGAAGGGGUGGGUGUUGGAGGAAUAAGAAUCCCAAAGGGUGUGUUCCUGAAUGCAAACCCCCAUAGGUACUGGGCUUAGGGGUCGUUAUUUAAUUAAAAGGUGAGGGGUGGAGGUGGUCCUAAUGAAGUAAAUGAGCACAUUCUUAAAAGGGAAUGUAGAAAGAAGUCUCAGAGGCAUGCUUUGAGGUAAGGGGGUUCUGUGGAGGUUUAUCUCUGCUAGCAACUGGUCUCCAGCAGGGAAAUCUUAGGGACUAGAAACUUUGAAAAAAGAGAAAGAAGGAAGAAGCCCUCAGGCAAAGCUUUUGAAUUACUGUAUAUUGGAAAUAAAGGGGAGGCUGGUGGUUGUUAAGGGGCCCAAACGGGCUGGUGGAGGGGUUUUAGCGACUAGAAUCUUCUAAGAAAAGAGAGAAAUGUAUGGAAAAGGAAGGUGGGUAAGAAGCCCCAAGGCUUCAGUCUGAGUCACUUUGUAAGUAAAGGAGGUUCACUAACAUGGCCCAAACGGCAGCCGAUGUUAGAAACCUUAAAUCUUUUUAGAAAAGCCAAGGGCAGUAGAAGCUCUAGCAAAAAGAGCUGGGAAUUCUUGAAUAUUUUAGUACUCUUUGGAAUAAGAAAUAAAAGUCUGUUGGUCCCUAAUAGAGGUGGGAGUCAGAUUGGGAUGACUCCCCUACAUUGUGUAUUUAGUACCUUUUGUCCCACCCCUGAGAAAAGUAGUUUAGAUUGGUAGUGAUGACCAAAGUGUGUUGUGUGGCUUUGAACAGGACUCUUGUGUCUUGUUGCGUCUUAAUUUGUAGGCUUCUCAGGUGCUCGGUUCUUAACAAGGAAGCAGUAGCAGCUGAGCCGGUCUUGCUUUGGUGGGGGAGACCCCUCUUGACUGAGCAGGGAGUUGUUAAAGUUUUGUGUUUAUUGGAAGAAUUUAAAGUUUUUGCCGCACGAGAAGUUGCUUUGUGGAAUCAUAGCUGGGCUCUUAGAGGCUUGGUAUUGAUCCUGAUAGCCUGAGGGAUGUCUUAUGAAUGGCUUUGUCCCUUUGAAGUUGUUGGGUAGUUGUGUGCGACUCAAAGAGAACAGCAUUGCCAUCUUUUCAUUUGUAACUGUGCUUUUUUUGCCCCUGAGAUUUAGGUAUGGGUUGGGCAAGUUGCACAGAGAAGCACUAGCCUUCCAAGGAAGGCGGGUUUCAUAGCUAUACGUAGGGGUGGCCCUGUCACACCCAGAAAAGAUGCCGGUGAACCCAAAAGUAGAUCCCCGCUACUUCGUACUCAUCAGGCCCCUUCCCAUCCCCACCCAGAAAGGUCUGAAGGUUCAAGCUCGAAGCGACACAAUCUAUAACUGCUGGGAUGUCACUAGAGAGCAGGUGUUCCGGGAGAAUUAUCAUCGUAGGGCCAAACAGCUUGAACAACAGGGUUAUUUUACCCCCAACUGGAAACCCUACCAGGAUUUCGGAGACCCUCUUCACCUUGAUCCAAGGAAACUUACUCUCUAUGGUCUGGGACAGCUUCCACCGGAGCCUGUCAAAGAAGAGGUGGCCCCAGAAGAGAUUGUGCAGCCAGAGGAACCAGUGAGUCCUAAGAAGCCAAAACCAAAGGAACCUGAGAAGAAACUCCUGCCUUUUAGACACUUGGAAAAAGAUCUGAGAACCCUCCAUCGAGAUCUUGUACACACAAGGCAGUUGAUCCACUCUGUGAAGAUAGGCCGGGGAUAUUUCCACACUCUUCGCAAAGAAACCAUGGAGAGGAAGAAUGCGCUUGAGCUGGAACAGCAAAAAGAAGAAGAGAGAUGGAAAACUGAGUUUCAACCCCCAAUAUAUCCAUCAUCGUCCUCUGAUGAAGACACAUCCGAUGAAGAACUCACUGAAUUCUUUUUAACAGAAUGUCCUCUUCAGAGGAAGUCAGAAAAGAAGAAGAGGAAGAAAAUUCUCCGGCCUUUCACCCCUCUCUACAACGGCUUGCUGGCCCAGAAGCAUCCAGAGGCGCACUUCGAGUCAAUAUUUCGCCAGCUGUGUGCCCUCCACUGGCUCUUGGAAGCUUUGACCAUCGAACCCAACAGCAGCAUGAAACCACUGAUCACGUGCUGGAGUGCCAAGGACUACGGUGGUGGGAAAAGCUCGUUGAAAGUGAUCAAUAAAGAGAAGCUAGUGCGGACUCGAUGGGAACAUUUUCUCUUGCACUCAAAGGGCAGAAGAUAUACCCAGAAGGCAGCUUUCCGCGGCCUGGUCGGCAAGAAGGUCCCCAAGAGACCUUCCACCAUGAGCAUGUCCAAGCUGAACGGGCUGUCGUCCCCGCACAGCAAAACGACGCUCACCAGCACCAGCUCGCUCACGCCCGCCUCUGACGAGGUGGCUCAGCCUCCUUCGGACAGCGCCAAGGACGUAGAAGAGCUGGAGUCCAGCUACAGCAAGCAGACCAAGGAGGAGGAAGAGCCGAUGAGUUACUACCUCCAGACAUUGCUUCAGAUGAUUCAUGAAGACGUGGCGAAGAAUUUCAGUAAAGAAAAUCUGCUUUGGAGCUCAAAACCCCUCCAUUCGUACACCCUGUCGACGAAAUCCGACCUGGACAGCGACUUGUCUACGAGGCAACGGGCCAAAAGCUCGGCCGCGUCAACUUCCACGGAUGAAAAAACCAGCACAGGAGCUCCCCCAAGAGAAGGGACCCCAGUGGAGCCCAGGCCAAAGAGCUCACUAGCCGUGACCCUGAGAGAGGACAAAACCACAACGUACGGGGAUGGAAGCAGCUCAGAGCACAUCAGUCGACCUCAAAGCUCCUUCAUUCGGGGGAAAGAGGAGCUGUGCCAUAAGGUGAAGGAGCUGUUUUUUGAUGUGGCUCAAGAGUCCGCCUUCAGGCUGCACGACCAACUGGACAUCCUGGAGAAGAGGCGAGAGGAAAAGAGCAUCCAGAAGUUUCUGUGCCUGCGCCAGAUCACCAAGUUCAGAAAGGACCUGGAGAGGAUGAGACAGUCGGUCGUAGGGAGAGAACCGGAACAGGAUGCCGAGGCUGAGAACUGGUUUUCCACCUUGCUGAACAAGAUCCCAGAAGAUAUCAGGAGAGACCACCGCACCCAGAAAAUUCUAAAGAAACUGGAGCGGUUUGCGAGGAAUCCGGACCUGCGCAUCCGACCGCUCACUUUCUUGAAAGUGCUGGGGGAGCUUCGGAUCUGGGAAAUUUGCUCUCCCGACAUCUGUGCAGCAGUAGAGUUUUUACGCGUGCACAUUGUGGAGAUGCCCGCGGAAGAUUACAGAGAGUGGUUGCAGUCUCGAGUAACCAUCCCCAAGCGGGCACGUAGCGCCCCACCGCUAAGCUGAACAAGCCAAAGAAGUCCCAAGUCAGACGGUGUUGCUGGCCCCAAACCAGAGCAGCCACCGAGCCUGGAUGCGGGGAGAGUGGCCCGGAUGAUGUAGGCAGGACUCCAGUGCAGUGCUCCAGCACCGCCCGUAAGAGUCUCCCCCCCCCCCAAAAUGCUCAUUCUCAAAGGUACAAAUUCAAACAACGAGAGAAUUGAACAGUUAAAACCACUUUUAAUUUUGCUGAAUCCUUGCAGGCUGGCCGUGUAUAGACAUUUGAUUUUGCCUGGCACCGCCCUUUUUGUCUAUGUGCCUCUCAUAGCAGGUGGCGUGGAAUACUAUGCCUGCACCAAGGACCGG